AUGUCAGCAGUGAAUGUCGACCAUAUCACAUCAAGAAGUCCAGAACAAGACCAAGACCCAAACCCAAGCAUUCCCCCCCACAGGCGCCGAAGACCAGCCCUGUCAUGCAAGCAAUGUCGCAAGCGUAAGAUCAAAUGCGAUCGUAAGUUUCCCCUGUGCGAUCGCUGCGACCAAAGCGGCCAGGCCCAUGCCUGUGUCUAUAGUGACGAUAUCUACUCGCGUGUAGACAAGAAUGACCCUUGUCGAGGCGCCAAACGGAGCCGGAGUAACCGCUCGAACUCACCGAAACGAUACUCUGGAACUCCUGCUGUUUACAGGCCAAGGCAAGGAAUCAUUGAUCCAGUAACGACGGAGAGUCAUAAGCAGGCGGUUUCGGCUGCAGAAGACAGUCUUUUGGGGAAGCAACCCAAUGCUUCUGCAGCCGUUGCGGGAGGGAUUUCAACACAAGCUACCAGACAAUCCAUACGGAAUGCACGGAUUUCGUCGCAUACGAGUGGAUCCAUGUACCUCAAGGGAAGAGACUCCCAGACAAGAUUCUUUGGUCAGACAACCCCCAUGAACAUGUACUCCCAGUUUGGAGAGCUUCGUGCCUAUAUUCAGGAAGUCAAGUCCGAAAAUCCUGCAAUCAACAAACUCCGCGCGGACAUUGAUGCGUCGAAACGUAAUUGCAAGGGGAAAAGUGUCAUCGAAGACUGCUCCUUGGAUGGUCUACUUCCCCCUCGCCAAGUGAUCGACGAACUUGUUGCCGUUUACCUCGAUUGCUUUGAGCGAACCCACCGUAUCCUUCAUGUACCCUCCUUCCGAGGAGAGUAUGCCAGAUACUGGGGGAGCCCACAGACCGUGGCUCCCGGAUUCGUAGCGCAGCUGCUGUUAAUGAUGGCAAGCGUGCUAGUAUUGCGCAACCACAGCACGGCCGAACUUUCAGGUGGAAACCCUGUGACCCAGGAGACCGCACUUGAGUGGGUGGAAGCUGCAGAAUCGUUCUUACAGAGACACACAAAACGCCCGGAUCUGAGGGUAUUUCAAACAUACUGCCUGUCGAUGGUGGCCCGAAGAGUUAACGGGCUCUCGGCGAACCAAGCGUGGAUCGCCACAGGCAACCUGGUCAGACUGGCCAUGUCUGCUGGCUACCACAGGGAGCCCAACAGUAGUGCCAAGGUAUCUCCAUUCUAUAUUGAAAUGCGGAGGCGAAUAUGGGCAACCAUAGUCGAACUUGACCUCCAGGCAUCUGUCGAUCGUGGGAUGCCUCCUUCUGUACGAGAGGGAGAUUUUAAUACCAUCGCGCCCAUGAAUAUCAGUGAUUAUGCCAUUGUCGAACCCCAUUCAGACUUACCGACAGCAGAACCUUCUGAAGUGUUUACAGAUUCGGCGUUCCAGGCUUUCUUGUCCAAGUCCCUUCUGCUGCGGUUGAGAAUCUGUGCAUGGGCCAACAGCACAAACAUUGAACUGAAUUACGAAGAUGCCCUAAACAUGGAUGAGGAACUAUCAGGACACCUAAAUAGCAUCCCAGUGUGGAGUCUCUCUGUUGCAGAUGGUGCAAGCAACCAGCAAAUGUCUCGUAUACGAGUGGCCAUCGAACUGACAUUGCGCCAAUAUCUAAUCAUAUUCCACACUCCCUUCGCAUCAUUGGCGCAACAGAUUCCCAAGUACGCACAUUCAAGACGUGUACGUUUCGAAGCCGCGAUGACUAUUCUCUGCCAGUUUCAGGAUAUCAUGGAGCCCAGGGCCAACAACUUGACACCCUGUCUCGUGCUAAACUAUGCCUUUCAAGCUGCGUUGGUAUUAUGCCACGAGUUGUAUUCGAACGAUGCUGGCUAUGGCUCAUCGCUCAUCCUAAGGGCAGUUCCCAAUAUUCCUGAAUCUUUGAUGUCCCUUGCCGAGACAACGUUAAGCGCUCUUGAAGCACAUGUAUAUACGCUUGGCAAGAAAUUGCCAGAAUAUUAUCUCUUGGCGAUGGUCGUGUCGCUGGUGAAAACGAGGCUCUAG